AAUUCCCAGUAUUCCUAGCGAGCUCCUUUGCUCUGAUAGGUCCAUUAUUGAACUUACGUUGACUUGCGGGGAAGUCUGGUUGCACCGUGCAAGGGCUGGCUCUAAGAUAACCACCCAUUGUGCCCAAUUCAAGUGGGUGUACUUAAAUAAACCACCGAAUAAUCAUCUUCCUAGCAGUGAAAAAACAUCAUGCCAUUUUAUUCCGGGCCUUAUUCUUUGGUUUUCCUAUUUUGCAUGUCUCUACGCGCACGUUUGUAAAAGUAUACAUAUAUGGUCAGAACACAAGAUAUUUGAUAUUGCAUUGCUCCUUGGGGAACUACACUAUAUUCCUGUGCACUUCUAACUUUCUGUUUUGCUGAAGUCCUAUUGUAAAUUUGCUGAAGGACACGGCAGAAAUUCGUACGUAGCGACUAAAGGUGUCUGGGAACCACUGUCUUGGAGUCAUGGAGAUGCCGUCCUAUUACACCAAACUCCUUGGGGAACUGAAUGAGCAGCGUAAAAGAGAUUUCUUUUGUGACUGCAGCAUCAUUGUAGAAGGUCGGAUAUUUAAAGCCCAUAGAAAUGUUCUGUUUGCCAACAGUGGUUAUUUCCGGGCUAUGCUAGUCCACUACAUCCAAGACAGUGGAAGGCACAGCACGGCUUCUUUGGACAUUGUCACAUCAGAGGCCUUCUCAACAAUACUGGAUUUCCUAUAUUCAGGAAAACUAAAUCUCUGUGGGGAGAAUGUCAUUGAGGUUAUGAGUGCAGCUAGCUACCUACAGAUGACUGAUGUAGUUAACUUCUGUAAGGCAUACAUACGCUCCUCUCUUGAUAUCUGUAGGAAGAUAGAAAGGGAGAGUUCCUUUGGACAAGCUGAUAGUGGGAGUGAUGGUCUAAGGGGUGACAGACUGGCACUUGGAAACCUGCCAGAUAAAACAGCUCAACGAGAUUGUCAGAAAGAGCCCCCUUGUGGGGAUUGUAGUAGCUGCAACUCUGUAGAACUGAUGGCCAAGGACCCUACAAGUGUAGGUUCUCCAGGAGAAAAAAGCCCUACCAAAGUGUUGGAACCCAAAGAGGAAUUUGACUCUGAUGUGGUGGAAGUAUCAGAAGGUCUCCAGCCAUAUCCGAUACCACCAGGCUUGGAGCAGGAUGCAGAAAGUCCACAAGGUGGUCCUGGAAUGGACAUAGCAUGUAAUAAUUAUCAUAUGAAGCAAUUUUUAGAGGCUCUCCUGCGUAACAGUACUGCACAGAGGAAAGAGGACUCGGGGCACCAUUUCCCCCGUGACUUUGAGUCCCGGCAAGAUGAAGCUAGUGUGUCAAUGAGCUCAAUGAUGGACAUUCAGGGUGACUGGUAUGGUGAGGAUACAGGGGAUGUUUUAGUUGUUCCAAUCAAGCUACACAAGUGCCCUUUCUGUCCAUACACAGCCAAGCAAAAGGGCAUUUUGAAACGCCACAUACGUUCACACACAGGAGAGCGUCCGUAUCCCUGUGAGAUCUGUGGUAAGAGGUUCACCCGGCAGGAGCAUCUUCGCAGCCAUUCGCUCACUGUCCAUCGAUCCAAUCGACCCAUUAUCUGUAAAGGUUGCCGCCGUACUUUUACCAGCAGUUUAUCAUCUGGUCUGAGGCGUUUUGGCUUGUGUGAUAGUUGUACGUGUGUCACUACUACCAAUGAUGAUUCUCAUCACCCAAGUCACACAGAAGCUGCUUCUGAGAGUAUGGACAAGGACGAGGGGGACAGUGAUUGGCCUAUUUACAUUGAAUCUGGUGAUGAGAACGAUGUGGCUGAAGAAGAUAUUGAGGAUAAAGAACAAAUACACAGAGAGGUAUUAAUGUGACCCACAGAGAAGGUCAUGCCAUAACCUCUAUGCAGGUCAUCUAGCUAGCAUUGUGAUACAAAGGUUAUACCGUCCUUUCUGCCACUACUUAGCAUCUUGGUGGUGAGCAGUUUCCAGGCCUUUUUGGCUACGCACUGUGCUGCUGACCCAGUAGUAGCAGAACAUUUUCUAUUUUACACUUUACUUGGUUUUAUUUCUUUUUUUUUAAAUCAUUUUAGUGCUGUGCACUAAAUUCUUGUUUUAUAUUUUACUUCAGCCGACCUCUAUAAUUUAAAGCCGUGUCUCAUGAAAUGCCUGUCGUACAAUACCUGGGAUAUGUAAGGAUGGUUGCCACAUUAGUCAAGGUAGAAGAAACGGAUACCAACCUGCAUUCUGUUGUUGCCUUCCUGAUCUCUUUUUUUAUUUUUUUUUAUUAUCUUUUUAUUCUGGUUUUUCAGUUUGAAAGUAUAUUUUCAAAAUUCCCUAGCCAUUUACAUUGGGGGAGAAAAAAAUCAUUUUAUCUUUUAAAAUCUUUGAACAUUUCUAGAAAUUCGCUCCGCUAGGAACCUACGAAAAAAUAUAUGAAUUUGGGUAACAUCCCCAUCUUACACAUUUAACAUGGUUUUCAGUAAAGUACUGAAACACUUA